AUGACAGAAAUCGUUGUGGCCUUUGUCGUCAACAAGUUGGUUCAAUUGAUUGUUCAUGAAUCAAAUUGGCUCAAUGGUGUGCACCUGGAAGUUGUGGACAUUAAAGAUGAACGGGAGAGCAUCCAAUGUUUCCUCAAAGAUGUCGAUAAAGGAGACCUCCAAGAUGGCGUCAAAAUAUUUCGAAGCCAGGAAACAAUGGCAGAGAUAGCUGUGACCCUCCUCAUUGACAAUGAUGAACUGGAGAGCAUCAACUGUUUCCUGAAAGAUGUCGAUGCACGGGCCAAGAAAGGAGGAGACCUCCAAGAUGGCAUGAAAGUGUGGGUGAAGCAAGUGAGGGAGGCAGCCUUUCAUAUUGAAGAUGUUCUAGACGAAUACAUUCUUCAUGUAGCACAGCAUCGUCAUCAGCAUGGCUUUGUUGCUUUCCUCCACAAAAUUGGUUGGUUGCUGAAAAAACUAAAACCACAUCAUGAUAUAGCCAUCAAGAUUCAAGAUAUCAAAACAUCAGUUCAUAAAAUCAAGGAACGAAGCGAAAGAUAUAUCAUAAAUUCCUCAGAGCAAGGAUCGUGUGGUGGAGCGACAAAUGCCACAUGGCAUGACCCUCGAGUGGGUUCCCUUUUCAUUGAAGAAGGUGAAGUUGUGGGUAUUGAAUCUACAAGGGAUGAACUUGUAAGCUGGCUGCUAGGGGGAGCAACUAGGCGCUCAGUGAUUUCAGUGGUAGGCAUGGGCGGGAUUGGUAAGACUACUCUUGCUAAGAAAGUAUACGAGAAUGACUCAGUGAAGGGAAACUUUGACUGCCGAGUUUGGAUCACUGUGUCUCAAUCAUACAACAUGCAGAAGAUACUCAUGGCCAUGACAAAGCAAAUCCACCAGGCAAAAAAAUUGGCUCAAGGGGAAAUAGACAUGAUGGACGAAAUCACACUAAUUAGCCAGCUGAGGCAAUAUUUUGAGCAAAAGAAGUAUGUUGUGGCUUUUGAUGAUGUCUGGAAGUUACAGUUUUGGGAAAUUGUGAAACAUGCUUUACCAUGCAAUAACAGAGGCAGCAGGAUACUAAUCACAACCCGCAGUGAUCGUGUUGGUGCUUGUUGUAAAGAAUCUUCAUCUGAUCAGGUACACAAGCUGCAACCUCUAUCUCAGGAAAAGGCUUGGGAAUUGUUUUGCAGAAAGGCAUUUCAAUGUGAGUUUCAGAGGCGUUGUCCCAGGGAGUUGGUGAGAUUGUCGUUGGACAUUGUCAGAAAAUGUGAGGGCUUGCCACUUGCAAUUGUUGCCUUAGGUGGUCUUCUGUCAACAAAGGAGAAGGUUCCAUUAGAAUGGCAAAAGUUGUAUGAUGGUCUCAGUUCUGAGCUGGAAAGUAAUCCCCACCUUACAAGUAUUACAAAAAUUCUCUCUCAGUUAUCACGAUCUGCCUUACUACCUUUUUUUAAGUCUUGCUUCUUGUACUUUGGUCUUUUUCCGGAGGACUAUUCAAUUACUGAUUCAAGAUUGUUUCGGUUAUGGAUAGCUGAGGGCUUCAUAAAAGGAAACAAGGGCAAACAAUUAGAAGAGGUUGCAGAAGAAUACUUAAUGGAACUCCUCCACAGAAACUUGGUUCAAGUUUCAUUCGAAGAGCUUGAUUAUCAGGCAGAUGACUCAAGUUUCAAUGGGAAAAGCCGUGUCUAUCAAUCCAUGAUGCUAGAGAAAAUGUCUUUCCUUGUCAACUUGUUUAAAAAGUUCAAGCUUUUAAAAGUGUUGGAUUUUGAAGAUGCUCCCAUUGAUUAUCUUCCUGAAGAAGUGGGGAAUUUGUUCCUCUUGAAACACUUAAGUCUGAGGAAUACAAAAGUGAAGAUGCUUCCUAAGUCGAUGGGUAGGCUACAGAACCUACAGAAAUUAAAUCUCAUUGAGACCUCAGUGCAUGAGCUACCAAUUGAGAUAUUUAGGCUUCAUAAGUUGAGACAUCUUUUGGCACACUAUUAUGACUUUGAAAUUGAAAGUAGUUUGUAUUCAAUUAAAGGAGUGAAAAUACAUGAGGGGGUAGGAUGUUUAAAGGACUUGCAGUCGUUGACGCUUGUGGAGGCAAAUCACCAUGGUCUUGGUCUAAUCAAGGAGCUAGGAAAGUUGAGGCAGUUGAGGAUGUUGGGCAUCUCAAAUAUACCCGCAGAACAUGGGAGGGCUCUGUGUGCCUCCAUAAAAAGUAUGGAUCACCUUAAAAUUUUGGCUUUAAGCUCGAUCAGUGAAGAUGGAAUUCUAAAUUUACAAUCCAUUUCAUCUCCGCCUCAAUUUUUAGAGCACAUCAUUCUAAGGGGGCGGUUGGAGGAGUUGCCUAACUGGAUUCCAAAUCAGGGCUAUGAUGGAGAAGAGCUGCAUUUUGAGGAAGGUGGUUUCCGAAAACUCAAAAAGCUGACACUCAAAAAGUUGGACAGAUUAAAGAUGGUGAAAAUAGACAAAGGAGCAUUGCCCCUUCUUGAACAACUAGAUAUUGGACCAUGCCCGAAGCUAAAGGAGGUACCCUCCGGAAUCCAGCACCUGGAAAAUCUCAAGACUUUGGACUUCUCUGAAGUGCCACAAAACUUUGUGUUGUGUAUGCAACCAGAUGGAGGCAAAGAUUAUUGGAUAGUCAUAAGGUACCUACCAUCCGUUUCAGGUAUAGGAUUAAAGGAGAACGAUAUCAAAUAUACAAGCUUAGUGACUCAGAUUUGUUGGAGCGUCUGCAAGGGUGAGUCUUGGAGGACCAACUGCCAUGCAGUUUCACUGAAAGACAAGGUAUGA